AUGGAUUAUACUACUGCAGAGCAAGAUUCACUUGAUUCACCUAUGCCAUGGAUAGGAAUGUAUAUCGUAGCAGCUUCUGCCGUCUGCACACUUGCAAUGGCGGCCGAUGCUUUCAUUGGCUUCCGAAGCAAAAAGUAUUGGCUCCUGUGUAACUAUUUCUCUCUCAACGCUUUCUCCCUCACAGUUUUAGCUGUAGCCAUGAAACUGCCAAUAGAUCUAACAGACGUGGACAUCACUUACGACGAUAAAAACGCAAGGAUUGGCAGCGUUGUUUUGAUGUCGACUGCAAUGAGUAAUUUCAUGACAUCUUUGGGUGCCAUGGAGAAUAAUGAGAUUGUACUAAACAUGGCAGCUUUAGGCAUUCUUGUCAUCACUAUUGCUGGAAAUGAAAUCAUUCAUCUUUUUAAGAUGCAGAGCUCUGUAACUUUAGAGUUGCUGCCCGAAAUGGUUAUAUCUGUUGUCAUCAUGUUUUCCUUCCUUUCAACAUUAUGUUGUAUGUCGUUAAUGGCUCCAGGAGCCAAGAGAUAUAUAGGGUUGAAGUAUAAUGAAAUGCGUGAAUUAGUUUCGAAUAGACAAGUAGAGUGGGGAAGGUUUAUUGUUGAUGAAGUUGAAAAUAUGGUGAAAGCGUAUUGGGUGAUGGCUCAAACUAGCAGAUCCCAAUUCGUUCUCGCAAGGUCUUCCGUUUCUUGUAUUUCAGGACUCUUGUUUGUUUUCAUAGCUCUAUUGUUGGUAGAAGCUCGGUUCGUAAAUAGACUUUUGUACUUCCCUUGGCAUGAGGAAAGUGGAUCAAACUAUGGCUGGUCUGUCGGCUGGAUUUUAAACACUCAGUCAAUUGGAGUGGCAAUGGGAACUAUUGCUCCGCUGUUGAGAUGGUUCGUUGCUUCAUGGCUAAAGAUUUCUGAGACGGAGCGAAGGAGCUUUAGAAAUGAACUCAAGGUUGAGAAGUACUGGACUUGGAGGCUCGUGGAGUGGAGAGACAGAUCACUUCCUUUUCAACUUCAAAACCGUUUUUGCAAGAUGAUUAUUCGUGAUGCAAGAAGAACUUUGCUGAAUUUCUGCAUUCGAGUUCAGAUUCUCUUUGUUUCAGCUGGAAAAUUAGUUUUAUUCCUCUCUGCUAGACUUGGUAGUGCAGUUUUCUUGUGUUUCUGCAAAAUUAAAAGAUCUGUUUUCGCGGAAGGAACCGAAUCAAAGGAAGGAGCACAAGUGGAUUUCAGGCAAUAUGUUAUUAUCCUUGAAGGUGAGCCAGAGUUGCCUUAUAAAAUCCUCAAGAACAUCUGCAACGAGGCGGAUAAGCUGAUAAAGGUAGGUGACAAAAAGCAGCCCAAGAAUCUGAUCCAACUUUUCAAGAAAUCUUCAAACUUCUGUGGGGUGGGUCGAUUCGACAGCAGGCAAGUUCCAAGCUUGCAUUCUCAAGAACCUCCAAAUUGUUGGUCUCUGCCCGUUGUGACUUUGACAGCUAUUUCAGUUGCUCUUACCGGAAUCACUUAUGAGAAGGCUAACCAGUUAUUGGUGUGUGUGAGUGAGGGCUUGCCUAUUGUGAAGCUUAUCGAGGAAACUCUAGACAGAACCGGAGAGUUAGAAAACAUCAGAAAAGUAACGGAUGUGGUUUGGGAUUGA